UAAAGAGAGAAAGGAGAGAGUUGCAAUGUGUGAAUGAAGAAGAGGAAGAGACAGAAAUUAUGAAACGUAUGAAUGAGAGAAAAAAGGAGAGAGAGAGAGAAAAUGGAAACGUAUGAAUUAGAGUGUGUGUGUGUGUCAGUAAACGUGUGAGAGAGAGAUAGAGUGCGUGUGUACAUGAAAGUGUUGUGAUUUUGUGGAGAGGAAAAUAUUUUGGUACAAAGAACUGUUGUUGCAUCAUCUGCUCCUAAAUUUGGUUGAGGAUCCAGAAUUUUUUCAAUAGAAGCAUCCAGAUCAAGAGGAUCAAUUCUACAUGUUGGCAACACUGUCAUAUUAGCAACAGAUUUGAUCAAGUUUGAAAGAUCUUCAAGUAAUUUUGUUUUGUUGACAGUGUUUGAUUCAAACAGUUCAUUCACUUCCUGAACAUAUUUUAAAAUUGGAUGGAAAAAUAAAAGGUCCAUAUAUUACAACUGCUGACCCAAAGUGAUGGAAGUACAAACUACACAGUUUAAAAGAUCAAUCCUUGUCGAUGGAGUCAUUGACUUCACUGCUGGGACGGCAGGUGGGAUUGCCAAUGUUUACAUCGGUCAGCCACUAGACACAGUCAAAGUGAAGAUGCAGACGUUCCCAACCUUGUACAGAAAUGCCCUCCACUGUUUCACUGACACUUUCAAAAAGGAUGGCAUUAUUAAGGGUCUCUAUGCUGGUACUGGGCCUUCCCUUGUGGCAAAUAUUUCAGAAAAUGCUAUUCUCUUCUUGUUCUAUGGAUUUUGCCAGAAGGCAAUUGUUCUUGUUACAAGACAUAGGAAGGUGGAAGAUUUAUCACCUAUACACAAUGCAUUUGCUGGAAGUGGUGCUGCCUUUUUCUGUGCAUUUGCACUCUGUCCUACAGAACUUGUCAAAUGUCGCCUGCAGGCCAUGCGUGAAAUGAAAGGGGCUGCUAGAACAGUUGGACCCUGGGCAGUAACAAAAGAAGUCCUCCAUGCUGAAGGAAUUCCAGGUCUCUAUAAAGGUUUGACCAGUACUAUACUCAGAGAAAUGCCUGGAUAUUUCUUUUUCUUUGGUGGUUAUGAGUUAACCCGUCAUUUGUUUAUACCAAAAGGUGGCACUAAAGAGGAUGUGGGUCCAGUAGGAACCAUUAUUAGUGGUGGAGUUGGUGGACUAGCUCUAUGGACAGCCAUAUUUCCAGCUGAUGUUGUUAAAUCUAGGAUCCAAGUUCAAAGUACAGUUGGUAAAGCAGCACCAUCGUUUUUAUCAGUAUUUCUUACGGUCUUAAAAACUGAAGGAGUUGCAGCACUAUACAAAGGUUUGGGGCCAACAUUAUUACGGACAUUUCCCUCCACUGGAGGCCUGUUCCUCACAGUUGAGUUGACCAAGAAAUACAUGGGUCUCACUGCCGAUUAUUUCCAUUUGUGAUAAUCCUUGUAACUCUGCUAAAUUGUAGUUCACUGAAUACACUGCAAGACCUAAAAAAACAAAAAGCAUUGUAAACAUGUUUUUGAUCUGAAAGCUAAACAAUAUAUUCAUGAAUGAACCAAAGAAGGAUCCCAUAGGUGUUCACUCGAUUUGCUAGAAAUAGCAGCUAAAUUUCUCUUAAAUCACUAUCUACCAUAAAAAUAAUAGUAAAUACACAAUGGCUGGAGAAAAGUUGGGAUGGUCACAACUGGAACACUUUUAAAUCAUAAAUUUGCUCCAUCAGAGCUAAACAAUAACAACAACAUUUAUGGGAUUUUUUCCAAUAAAGAGAUGAUUAUUUUUGUUUACAACAUAUCUGUAAAAUAAAAUUGAAUAUAUGGAGAUUUUAAUAAAAGCUGUUUAUAAAUGGA